AUGGAAUUGAGAAUUUUAUAUUACAAUUUGUAAGAUGAACAAGAUAAUUUAAGAAAGUAGUAUGAUUAUUAAACUGUUAUGAAUAAAAUCAGUCAUCAACAAUUAAUAUCGAGGUAAUUAAAUGAUGAAUUAUUAAAUUAGAAUUAAGAACUUCAAUAGAAUAUUUAACAAUAAGAAUAGUAGGUAAUUGGGAAUAAAGAACAUUUCAAUAUAAUGA